CGCACUUGGGUGUUGUCCGGCUUUAUAAAUGUGACACUGUGACAACGCCGAACGUAAUGAUCAAACAAAUCUCCAAAAUCUUUUUCAUUUUUUGACUGAUACUGUACUUUUAGUAACUUAAUCGAUUAAAUAAAUAUGAAAUUAUGAUGACCUACUCCGUGUUUUAUAAUAUUUUGCUAUUUUGCUACACUCUUUCUUGUACUAAAGCAGAAUUAGCAAGAUAUUAUUACGACUACGAAUGUAAUGAGCCUUUAAUCGAGGGAGCUAAACUCACCGCUACUUCCAGUCUGAGAGACAGAGGACCUGAGAAUGCAAAGUUGCUUGGAAAAUCAGCAUGGACGACGGUCGAGAGCUCUUACUACCAGCACCUGACGAUCAAUCUACACUCACGGAGAGAGUUGCGCGGUGUAGCCACCAGGGGGCGCUUCGCCACCGACGAGUACGUCUCGGAGUACAUGAUACAGUACUCCGAUGACGGUGAGACCUGGACCGCGGUCGCUGACGCGGACGGCUACACGCAGAUGUUCGAAGGCAACCAUGAUGGCAACACUGUAGUCAAGAACGAGUUCGACGUUCCUAUCAUAGCUCAGUACAUCAGGAUCAAUCCCAUGAGGUGGAGGGACAAGAUAUCCAUGAGGGUCGAGCUGUACGGGUGUGAUUAUGUUGCUGAUACGUUGUUCUUCAACGGGUCGUCCCUGGUUCGUAUGGACCUGCUUCGCUCCCCCGUGUCCUCCUCCCGCGAGGCCAUCCGUUUCCGGUUCAAGACCUCUGCCGCUUCCGGCGUGCUGUUAUACUCUCGCGGCACCCAGGGCGACUACCUCGCGCUGCAGCUCCGAGACAACCGCCUCGUCCUCAACAUAGACCUCGGGUCGGGGAAGGCGACGUCGUUGUCGGCGGGCAGCUUGUUGGACGACAACACUUGGCACGACGCGCUGGUGUCCCGCGCCCGCCGCGACCUCGUGUUCUCGGUGGACCGCGUGGUCAUGAGGGCGCGGAUCAAGGGCGAGUUCUCCCGACUCAACCUCAACAGAGCGAUUUAUAUCGGCGGGGUGCCAAAUUUCCAAGAGGGUCUGGUGGUGACACAGAACUUCACAGGGUGUAUAGAGAACAUGUAUCUGAACGCCACCAACGUCAUCCAGGAGCUCAAGAUGGGGUACGAGGCCGCGGAGCCCUUCAAGUAUCAGAAAGUCAACACCCUGUAUUCCUGCCCUGAGCCGCCGGUCGUGCCGAUCACUUUCCUGAAGGAGGGCUCGUACGCCAAGCUGCGCGGCUACGGCGGGGGCGGCGUGCUCAACGUGUCGCUGGAGUUCCGCACGUACGAGCACCACGGACUGCUCAUAUACCAUCAGUUUAAAAGUGAAGGAUACGUCAAGGUGUUCCUUGAGGAGGGCAAGGUGAAGGUGGAGUUGUUCACGGAGGGGUCUCCCAAGGUGAAGCUGGACAACUUCGAGGACACCUUCAACGACGGUCGCUGGCACGCUCUCAUGCUGACCAUGGCCCAGGACAGCCUCACCCUGUCUCUCAACUACAGGGCCGUCAGAACCAGCAAGAAGAUGAAGUUCUUCACCGGGGGCUACUACUACAUAGCAGGUGGCAAGGCGCCGCCCCGUGGGUUCGUGGGCUGUAUGCGGAAGCUGGCCGUGGACGGCAACUACCGCUCGCCCACGGACUGGACGCGCGAGGAGUACUGCUGCCCCGACGAACUCGUGUUUGACGCCUGCCACAUGAUAGACAGGUGUAACCCCAACCCGUGCGAGCACGGCGGCGUGUGUACGCAGAGCGCGGACGAGUUCGCCUGCGACUGCACCGACACCGGCUACGCGGGCGCCGUCUGCCACACGUCGAUCCACCCCGUGUCGUGUGCGGCGUACGCGUGGUCGGGGGCCACGGGGCGGCGCUCCACCCGGGUGCUGUUGGACGUGGACGGCUCGGGUCCCCUGCCGCCCUUCCCCGCCACCUGCCACUUCUACGCGGACGGUCGCAUCAUAACGUCGGUGCAGCACUCGGCGGUGUCCAGCACGCAGGUGGACGGCUUCCAGGAGGCGGGCAGCUUCAGGCAGGACGUGACGUACGACGCAACGCGGCCGCAGCUCGAGGCGCUGCUCAACAGGAGCCACUCGUGCAGCCAGCGAUUGGAGUACAUGUGCCGACACUCCAGACUGCUCAAUUCGCCCAGCGAGGAGGCCACGUUCCAGCCGUUCGCGUGGUGGGUGUCUCGCAGCGGGCAGCGGAUGGACUACUGGGCGGGGGCGCAGCCAGGAUCCCGCAUGUGUGAGUGCGGGGUGCUCGGCACGUGUCUCGACCCUACCAAGUGGUGCAACUGUGACGCCGAGCACUCGCCCAUGCCUCACGACGAGUUUCAAACUGACGGCGGAGACAUCACGGAGAAGGAGUUCCUGCCGGUGAAGCAACUUCGCUUCGGUGACACGGGCAGCCACCUCGACGAGAAGAUAGGGAGGUACUCGCUGGGACCCCUGCUGUGCGAGGGAGACGACCUGUUCUCUAACGCCGUCACGUUCCGUAUCUCGGACGCGGUCAUCACCCUGCCGACCUUCGACCUGGGUCACAGUGGAGACAUCUACUUUGAAUUCCGGACCACUAAAGAAAACGCUGUCCUGUUACAUUCGAAGGGCACUCAAGACUAUAUAAAGCUGUCAAUAAUCGGCGGAGACCAGCUGCAGUUCCAGUUCCAGGUGGGGGACACGCCCCUCGGGGUCUCCGUGGAGACCAGCAACCGGUUGGCCGACGACCAGUGGCAUUCCGUCUCUAUCGAGAGGAACAGGAAGGAGGCCCGCGUGGUUGUGGACGGAGCCUUGAAGAACGAGAUACGAACGGCCAAGGAACCGGUCCGCGCCCUCCAGCUAGCCACCCCGCUGGUGCUGGGGGCCAGCCUCGACAGGAAGGACGGGUUCGUGGGCUGCAUGAGGGCGCUCCUACUGAACGGACGGCCUGUGGACCUGCGGGGACACGCCAGGAGAGGUCUGUACGGCGUGUCGGAGGGCUGCGUGGGCAAGUGCUCGUCGUCGCCGUGUCUGAACAACGGCACGUGUCUGGAGCGGUACGACUCGUACUCCUGCGACUGCCGCUGGACCGCCUUCAAGGGCCCCAUCUGUGCUGACGAGAUCGGCGUCAACCUCCGCCCCAACUCCAUGGUGAAGUACGACUUCCUGGGCUCGUGGCGCUCCACCAUCAACGAGAAGAUCCGCGUGGGCUUCACCACCACCAACCCCAAGGGCUUCCUGCUCGGCUUCUACUCCAACAUAUCCGGGGAGUACCUCACGCUCAUGGUCUCCAACUCAGGUCACCUGCGCGUGGUGUUCGACUUCGGGUUCGAGAGGCAGGAGAUCAUCUUCGAGGGGAAGCACUUCGGCCUGGGACAGUACCACGACGUGCGCCUCUCCAGGAAGGACAGCGGCGCUACCAUGGUGCUGCAGGUGGAUAACUAUGAGACCCAGGAGUACCAGUUCAACAUCCGCGAGUCUGCGGACGCGCAGUUCAACAACAUCCAGUACAUGUACGUGGGCAGGAACGACUCCAUGGCCGAGGGCUUCGUGGGCUGCGUCAGUCGCGUGGAGUUCGACGACAUCUACCCUCUGAAGCUGCUGUUCCAGCAGGACCCGCCGCCCAACGUCAGGAGCAUCGGCGGUCCCCUGCACGAGGACUUCUGUGGCGUGGAGCCGGUGACGCACCCGCCCGUGAUCCCGGAGACCCGGCCGCCGCCGCCCGCCGACCUCGCCGCGGACCUCGACUUCCACCGGACCGACGAGGCCAUACUAGCCACGGUGCUGGCGUUCGUGUUCCUGCUGCUGAUAGCGGUGGCCGUGGUGCUGGUGAGGGCGCUGUCCCGCCACAAGGGAGAGUAUCUCACACAGGAGGAGCGCGGGGCGGCGGGAGCGGCGGGGCCGGACGACGCCGCGCUGGCGGCCGCCACGGGGGCCCGGGUCACCAAGCGGAGGGAGUUCUUUAUAUAGACGAGAAGGAGGAGGGGAGGAGGGGAGGGGAGGGAAUAGGAGACACUAUGAUAUGGAAGUCGCACGUUAACACUCUUCACCGUAUCUGUCUUGGAAUAAUUAGAAGAGAGGUCGAGUUUGGUAUAGUAAGAGUGUAUGAUACCACUCGUAGUGUAACAUGAACGCACACAGAAGUGCCUUGACGGCGUCUGCCGGCCACUGGUGGCGUGGAGACCAUCAGGCGCCAUUUGAAAUUCACAAGCACUUGAACCUCAUUAGCGCUCGACACAAGACAAUACGACAACAAUACGAGCGGCGAGCGGCGAUCCUGGAGACGUGUGGCGUCUGUGGUGGAGCCGUCGCAUGCCUUCAUGGCACGGCUUGCACUAUAUACAUGUGUUGUCGCCCGACACGAGCCGUCACUCAACGCGACUAACGCGUCACCUAAACCGCAAUAUUUCUAGUUCAGAUAUUAUUUUCGAUUAUAUGAGCACUCUAUUUUAAUUUUAUAUAAUAUUUGUAUGUGUAGAACUCAUAUAACAGUAAACGCGACAAUUAUAUUAAAUUGUAUCCAGACGGUCGCUCCGUACUUCUCCCGCGAGUGCCACGUGGCUGCUUGCGACGCUUUAAUCGCUGUUUACAUUUAUUACAAAACUCAUCAAGAUAUGUGCGAGCCAGGUCAACGACCUUUAUAUCAUAGUAUCAACGAACGCACCAAUUCAGCACAUUUAUAUAUUAAGUGUCAGGUCCCGCCGUGAGGUCGGAUCGCUUCGUUAUUAUUCAGUAAGCCCCACAUUAGCGUGUCAUGUAGUCGGUCUAGGACCGGGGUACACUGAGCGCGGAUACUAAUGUAGUAUUUUUUUAUACAUCUUUUCUUUUAUCGGAGCUUUUUAUUUUUUCCGUCCAGAUAUCUCUAAAUUUGUUUCUAAGCCGGUUUUAGUUUAUAUUAUAUUAAUUUUAAUUGUGUAUAGAUGAUGUAGUUAAGUAGAUCGUUCGGGGUCACGUUAAGUUGGUCUGCGGUGUCGCCUGCUCGCUCGGGUGGAGGGGAGAGAAACGAUCCAACGAACCGUUCUAUGGUGGACCGAUGUAAUUUUUUUCGUAUAAUUAUUUAUAAAAAUAUAUAAUGAAGUCACUACAAUGUCUAGAGCGGUCAGGCGGCAAGCACGGACCCGGCGGCGUGCUGGAGAAUAUGUACCGUACAUGUGUCUUAAUGAACCGUAUGAGAUGUAUGCAUGUGUGAGCUGUGUGUCUGUCGCGUGCCUUAGGACGAGGUCAAGGUCGGCGUCGCGGUCGCGAGCUCGAGAGUAGAGUUUUUAUUUUAUUACUACUGAAAUCACCAAUAAAUUUUCCAUAAUA